CGCGGCGCUUCGACGGCAGCCGAGGUGGGCCAUGGGGCAUGCAGACAUGGCGCGUGUUCCGCACGUCGUGGCCGACGCGGGCGCGUUCCUGAGCGCGGCCCCGCUGCAGGACAUCGCAGACGCGCUGUACACCGUGCCCGAGGUGCUGGCCGAGAUCCGCGACCGCCCCACCCGCCGCCGCCUCGCCGCGCUGCCCUGCGAGCUGCGCGUCCGCCGCCCGCGCCCCGAGCUGCUGCGCCUCGUGACCGAAUUCUCCAAGAAGACCGGGGACUACCCGAGCCUCUCGGCCGCCGACCUGCAGGUGCUCGCCUUGACGUGCCAGCUCCAGGCGGAGAUCGCCGGCCCCGGCUGCCUGCGCUGGGAGCCGCAGGACAAGGUGCGGCUCAGCUCCACCCCGCGGCACCCCGAGGCUCCGCUGCACCUCGCCGGCUUCCACCUGCCCAAGCACAAGCCCGCGGCCAAGGGCCCGCACCAGCCCGGCCCGGCCCCGGCCGAGAGCGACGAGUUCGGAUCCUUCCUGUACUGGCGGCCGCCCCUGCCCAGCAUCGAGGAGGAGCUGCGGGAGCUGCUGGCCAUCUCUGGUAGCCCCGAGCCCCCCGAGGAGCACCCGAGCUCUGUAGAUGGAGCCAGCGCUGGCGAAGAGGAGGAGGAUGAGGAGAGCGAUGACGAAGGCUGGAUAACUCCCAGCAACCUGAAGCAGGCCCAGCAGGACACAGGGCACUGUGACACUGCUCCCGUCGGUGUCCAGGUCGGCUGUGUCACCACAGACUUUGCCAUGCAGAACGUGCUGCUGCAGAUGGGGCUCCACGUGCUGGCUGUGAACGGGAUGCUGAUCCGCCAGGCCCGGAGCUACAUCCUGCGCUGCCACGGCUGCUUCAGGACCACCUCGGACAUGACCAAGGUGUUCUGCCCCCACUGUGGUAACAAGACCCUCAAGAAGGUGGCAGUGAGUGUCAGUGACGAUGGGAGUCUCCACAUGCACUUCUCCCGCAACCCCAAGGUGCUGAACCCCCGGGGGCUCAGGUACCCGCUGCCGGCGCCGCAGGGCGGGAAGCACGCCAACAACCCCCACCUGGUGGAGGACCAGCGCUUCCCGCAGCAGCGCCUGUCCCGCAAGGCCCGGCAGAAAACCAACGUGUUUGACCCCGAUUACCUGGCCGGGGCCUCUCCCUUCGCUGAGAACGACGUGCACAGCCGGGCCGCUCACCUGAACCUGCGCGACGCCGCCCUAGGCGCCGGCCGCCGCCGCCUCAACCCCAACGCCGUCACCAAGAAAUUCGUGAGGAGGAGGUGAGGGGCAGGACAGGCCCCACCUGCAGCACCCACCUGCCCAGGUGUGGUGGCUCUGACAGGGCAAGGCCGCUCCCAGCACCUGGGCAUGGGCCAGGCCAUCCUGUCCCCACUGUGCUGGUGCCCAGAGAGCCACCGUGACUGGGGGAGGGCAGGGUGGCUUCCCCCAGCACCCCUGGGCAGGGGUUGUGUCACCCAAUAAACACCAAACCCCAAAGCACCGUGACUUGGUCCCAUUUCUGCAGCUGCCUGUGCCAGGGGGAGCCUUUCUCUGCGCCUCAAGGGAUGAGGAGGCUGGGACGGAGGAAGGAUUUCUUGGAUCUUUUGCCCCAUGGGGUAAUGAGCUCCAGAAGGACAAAACCCAGGGCAGGGGGUUGUUUCCACAGCCCAGGGCUCAAGGGGGAGACUCUGGGGUAAACCUUCUUGGAUAAAUCUGCUGAAAUCUUUCAUGAUUGACUGUUGGGCCCAGCUCUUGCUGCAGUUUCUCCUUAACCCUGCUCAAAUUGUUCAAAAUAAGGCAAUACCUGGUACCAGCUGUGGCCCUGGUCCUGGGGAGGUCACAGGCUGCAGGGGAUCCCACACCACCAAGUCAGUGGGAUUCCCAAGGACCUUUCCCUGCAGCAGCUGCAGCGCCCUGGGCACGGCCCUGGAAAAACCAUCACAAGACUUUACACUGUAAAAUGAAAACUUUCAUUGUUUAUUCUCGACUGCAGCUGUUUACAGAAAUAUAGUUGCGAGUAUACAAAUGUCCCAAUAGAAGCAAAAUAUUUUAUUUUUUUUUUUUUAAUAUUCAACAAGUUAUCACAGGAGAGCUAAAAACAUAGAUGCAAAUAAAAUAUCCCCUCAUAGACAAACUGAAAACACCGGGAAUCAGUGCCUGGAAAACCCACCUACGAAAGCCAUAUACACAGAACUGCACGAAGGAGUAUCUGGUGCUACUUUCACAUUGCAGGACACAGAAGAGGCAGCUCAGCGGUCGAGGGUGCACCCAGAACAUCUGGCAGGCAGGGGAGAGCCCACCAGAGGUGCAGGGACAGAGGCUGGAGCUUAACUCAGCAUCAGCUCAGAUGGAAGUAACUCAAAUUGCCUCCUUUUAUCCAGAAUAAAAAAGCUUCAGGAAUGCUGCAGGCUGCUAAGGAUACUGGAAUGGGAUCCCAGUUGUGCAACACCCAAAGAGCCACUUCC